UGAGCAAGCGGGAGCUCAGACCAACUCCAAUUGACCACUCCUUUAGAACCGCAAGAACAGGCAGCGCCGACCAUGGGAAAGUCCAGCAAAAAGCGCCAACGCGAGGCCGAGGAGGCGCCCGCCAACCCAGAGGCGGCCUCGGAACAGCAGGCGUCGGACCCGCCGAGCAAGAAGGCCCGCGUCGAGUCGCGCCGGCAGCUCUUCGUGCGCUCGCUGCCGCCGUCGGCCACCAGCGAGUCGCUCGCCGAGUUCUUCUCGCAGCACUACCCCGUCAAGCAUGCCACCGUCGUGCUCGAUCCCAAGACCAAGACCUCGCGCGGCUACGGCUUCGUCUCGUUCGCCGACCCCGAGGACGCCGUCGAGGCCAAGGAGAAGCUCGCCAACGAGCUCUUCGACGGCCGCCGCCUGAAGCUCGACAUCGCCCAGCCGCGCCACCGCGAUGCCGCCAAGUCCGGCCCCGAGGCGGUGUCUCAGGCUGCCGCCGAGAAGCAGAAGCGGGCGGAGGAGCUGGCCGCCGCCCGGAAGCCGCCCAAGCUCAUCAUCCGCAACCUGCCAUGGAGCAUCAAGACGCCCGAGCAGCUGGCGAAGCUGUUCCAGAGCUACGGCAAGGUGAAGUUCGCCGACCUGCCGAACCAGAACGGCAAACUCGCCGGCUUCGGUUUCGUUACGCUACGCGGACGCAAAAACGCCGAGAAGGCGAUGCAGGCCAUCAACGGCAAGGAGAUCGACGGGCGGACGGUCGCCGUGGACUGGGCGGUGGAUAAGCAGACUUGGGAAAAGUUGAAGGACGCGGGCGUCUCGGAAGAGGCUGGGGACGCUGGCAAGAGUCAAAAGGUGAAGAAGUCGAAGAAAAAGACGGAGGACAAGGAGGACGAGGAGGACGAGGAUCCAAAUAUGACCCAAGAAGACCGAGACCUGAUGAACUUCUUCAAGAACUAUGGCGAUAAUUUGGAGGACGAGGACGAUGAGGAUGAGGAUGAGGAGGACGAGAAUAAAGAUGAGCACAAUGAGGAGGAUGCUGAGGAAGAGAGCGAUGAAGAAAGCGAGGACGAAGACGAGGAGGAUGAAGAUGAGCAGGAAGAAGGCCGAGAGGUGUCCGAGGAUGGCGAAUCUGAAGCGUCCGACACAUCGGACGCUGAGGAGGAAACGCCCAAGAAGAAGAAGCUGAUGACGGACAACUCGACGACCCUCUUUAUCCGCAACCUCCCCUACACGACAACCGACGAGACACUCAAGGCCCACUUUUCAAGAUUCGGCCGCGUGAGAUACGCAAGGGUCGUCAUGGACCGCGCUACGGACAAACCAGCCGGCACGGGGUUCGUCUGCUUCUUCAACCUCGACGACUGCAAGGCCUGCCUGAAAGGAGCACCCCGCCACCGCCCAGUCGCGACUCUAGCCAAACACUCAGUGCUGCAGGAUGAGAUGGCCGACCCUGAGGGCAAUUACACGCUCGACGGCCGGAUCCUGCAGGUCGCCCAGGCCGUGUCCAAGGACGAAGCCGCGCGGCUAGCCGAGGAAGCGCCCAGCAAGGGUAAGAAGAAGGACAAGAGAAGGCUGUUCCUGCUGUCCGAAGGCGCAAUCCCCAAAAACUCACCCAUCUACGCCAAGCUCACGCCGGCCGAGAUCAAGAUGCGGGAGGCCAGCGCCAAGCAACGCAAGAAGCUGAUCCAGUCCAAUCCGAGCCUGCACCUCAGCCUGACGCGCCUGGCCAUCCGCAACAUCCCCGGCAACCUGACCUCCAAGGACCUGAAGGCGCUCGCCCGCCAAGCCGUCGUCGGCUUCGCCAAGGACGUCAAGGAAGGGCGCCGGCAGCCGCUCUCCAAGGAGGAGAAGACGCGCGGCGGCGAGCAGGACAAGGAAGCCGAGCGGCGGCGCAAGCAGAAGGGCAAGGGCGUGGUGCGGCAGGCCAAGAUCGUCUUCGAGACGCGCGAGGGCUCCAAGGUGGACGAGAAGACGGGCGCCGGCAAGUCGCGCGGCUACGGCUUCGUCGAGUACACGUCGCACCGCUGGGCGCUCAUGGGCCUGCGCUGGCUGAACGGGCACGCGCUCAAGAACGAGGCCGGCAAGACGCAGCGGCUGAUUGUCGAGUUUGCCAUCGAGAACGCCAACGUCGUGCAGAGGCGGCGCGCCCAGGAGGAGCGCUCCCGGCAGCAGCGGGCCGAGCAGGCUGAGCGCAAUAAGGCCAAGGGAAAGCUGUGGGAAAAGGCGGCCAAAGGAAAGCUGAGGGACAAGGGCAAGGGUGGGAAGGACCGCAAGGACGGAAAAGGUGGUCAGCGGGGAGGUGCUGAAGGCGAAGGGAAGGGCAAGGGCGAGGGCAAGGGCGAAGGCAAGGGCGAGGUGCCGCCGACCAAACAAGGAAAGAAAAAGGCCGACUACAAGCUCGCGAUGAAGACCAAGAUCAUUGCGAGGAAGCGGAUGAUGCGCAAGAAGAAGGCCCGUCAGCGGGCGGGGAAGAAAUAGGGGUAGCUGUUCUUAGGUCGUCAGGGUUGGCGGCGGCGGUCGGGGACAGGUCUGUUGGAGCGGUGAGCUCUAUGACAGCCCGCGUUGGAACCAUUUCUUGCUAUCUCAAAGCUCAGUAUUACUUGGCAAUGGACGCUGAGAUCAUGUGCGAGGUUGACUUUGCAUGCAUGUUCCCUUGACGGUUGUGCCUGGGGCUCCACGCAUCCACAUCACUUCGCCAACUGCAAGCCCG